CUCGUUUGAAGAUGUCAUUGUUACAAUACGGUGUCUGACAGUCCACAUCCACUCCUUCUCAUGAACACCAACCAGUCACAACGAUAGAUGCCACGACAGAUGCACGUCACUCUCUCAUCAACCCGAUGACCACACGCACACGACUUUCCCCUCCAUGCCUCAUCAAUCUAUCUAUCUCGGGUGCUCCCUGUUCCACCGCACACAGUCGUCAUACUUGACCAGCGCACCACCAAAGAUGUCCAAAGCACUCCCAAACGUCAGGUCAACACGACCUUUGCUCAGCCGGUCCACCGUCUGCAGGUCGCUCAGGUCCCUCCCCCCACCCGCAUAGGUGCACGGCACACCGCUCCACUCGCCCAGGGCAGCCACCAGCUCCUCGUCAAUGCCCCGGCAGAGCCCCUCGACGUCGGCUGCAUGCACGAGGAACUCGCUGCAGUAGGCGGCCACUUGUGCGAGUGACUCCUUGGUCAGCCAGAAGUCGGUGAGCGUCUGCCACCUGUUCAUGGCCACAACCCACCCGAGCUCCCCGCCCUCGCCCCUCUUGUCCACUCGCCGACAGCUGAGGUCCACGACCAGGCGGUCGGGCGACACGAGCUUGGACAGCCGCAUCAGCCGCUCGAAGGAGAGCUUGCCGUCGGGGAAGAGCCACGACGUCACUAUCACCUUGGAGGCGCCCUUCUCCAGCCACUGGAGCGCAUUCACGUCGGUCACGCCGCCACCGACCUGCAGACCGUGCGGCCACGCCUCGAGCGCAGACACGGCUGCCGCGUCAUUGUUGGGUCCCAGCUUGAUCAGAUGGCCGCCCACCAGCCCGUCGCGACGAUAAAUGCGGGCGAAGUGGGCGGCGUCCUGCUCGGGAGGCGCGACGAAGUUGGUCUUGAGGGAUGAUGAUGCCGAUGCCGACUGUUGGCUGUUGUGUGUGUCGUCUGUGAGGGUGCCGCCGACAAUCUGCUUGACGCUGCCGUUGUGGAGGUCGAUGCAGGGCCGGAAGUGGGUGGGCAUCGCCAGAUAGCCAGAUCUCUCGAUCUCUCCAGGCCAGUGACGAGAUCUCUGGCGAGACAAAUGCAGCAAUGAAAGCCUCAGCCGCCCCUGCGAGCUCCGCACGUUGUUGUCAUCUUCCC